CGGGUAACGCCGCUGUCCACCCGCUAGUGAGCAACGUGUUAUCCGUUCGAGAGUGCACGCUUCGUGCUGUGUUUACCUAAAUCCCGAUGAUGGUGCGACGCAGCGGACGAUACACUGUUAACUGGCGAGGAUUUAAGGAUUUCGCAUUCGGAAAUAAACCCCCUGACGAAGAAAAGGAGGAAGAGAAACCUGAGGAGGACUUAGCAAAUCAUGAAGUUAUAUUUUUAAAAAGUAUUGUUGAGAGUCCAGACUUUGGAAGAAAAUAUGAGUCUAUCGAUUCGGAAGAGGAUUUGAUCGUAAAACCUGUCUCGUUGGGCAACGUAAACAUAAUACGGUCGCUGAGCGAGUACCGUGGCAACAAUAUACGAACUAUUGAACAAGCCGAACUAGCUAUUAUUGUGUCCAGGGCACACUUUAAGGCUUUAAUAGAUGCUCAUGACCAAAUAGGUGCAAUUUGGCUAGACCGAGGUUCUGGUAUUGAUGAGAAACCAGCCCUGCCGGAGACAGAAGGCAAUAAGGAUACAGCAGAAGGCUCUACGGAGGAGAACGGUGACAUGCCUGUGGAAACUGUCAAAGUUGUAGGCCUUAGGAAAGUGCCUGGACAACCUUUAGGUUUAACUGUAACGACUGAUGAGCAUGGCCAGCUCAUAGUAGCUAGGAUAUUAGCGGGCAGUGCCGCAGCAAAACAAGCUUUAGUGUCAGUAGGAGAUGUAUUGUUAGAAGUAGAUGGAGUUAACAUUAACUCUGAGGACCAGCUCAAGGAAGCCGUAGCGAAGCCUAAUGAUAGGAUCACACUCAAAGUUGGGCCCAACCUCAAAGAAAAGACUGCUCAGUUAUCUAAUAAGCUAAGUUGCUAUAUGAGAGCCCUGUUUGAUUAUGACCCCAAGGAAGACACAUUACUGCCAUGUAAAGAAAUUGGACUAGAGUUCAAGAGAGGCGAUAUUUUACAAGUAUCAGACCGCAAGGACCCUAACUGGUGGCAGGCAAGCCACGUUGAGAACCCUGACACAGUGGGCCUGAUACCCUCGCCGGAGCUGGAGGAGAGACGCAAGGCGUAUGUGGCGCCCGAAGCAGACUUCGUGCAUAAGAUCAGCAUUUGUGGCGCAAGGAUAUCAAAGAAGAAAAAGAAGUUCGUAUACGAGUCUCGUUCGAGCGUGCAACUAGAGGGCGCUGAGCUCGCUCUGUACGAGGAAGUUGCGCGUACGCCGCCGUUCCUGCGUAGAGUGUUGGCGCUAGUGGGCACUAGGGGCGUUGGCCGCAGAACUAUCAAGAACCGCAUGAUCCAGGAACAUUCGGAUAGAUUUGGUGCUGUUGUACCACACACAUCUCGCCCUCCCCGGCCAAUGGAAGAGAACGGUCAAUCGUAUUGGUUCGUGUCUCGCGAGGAGAUGGAACGCGACGCACACGCCGGCCGGUUCCUUGAGUAUGGGGAACAUAACGGUCACUUGUAUGGUACUCAUUUAGACUCCAUUCGAGCUGUUAUGAAGGAAGGUAAAAUGUGCAUAUUAGACUGCGCACCACAAUCUCUGAAACUGCUUCACAAUAGCGGAGAGUUUCUCCCAUUCGUCGUCAUGAUAGCGGCUCCAGGAAUCGAACAGCUAAGGAACUUGACUUAUGCGUCCAAUCGUAAUCUGACGUUCGACAGGCAGAGCUCCAUACGCUACAGUUCACGGCGCGCGCGUACCCUUGAGUCUCUUGCGUCGCUUUAUGAGGAAGAAGACAUGAAACAAACCCUAGAAGAGAGCGCCCGCAUACAACGACAGAACGAAAAGUACAUAGAUCUCGUUAUAACAAACAAUAAUAUCGAUACGACUUACUCUAAAAUCAAUGACGCCUUGCAUUCUCUGUCCACCGACCACCAGUGGGUACCAGUCAGUUGGAUUUACUAACAUUCUUAAGCUAUGGAAGAGCGCAAACUAUUGCGCUAAUGAGAGCUACCGUUAUUUGCCCACCAGGAGACGCUAAUCUAGUUUGUCUGUUUGUCCAAUCACUGUAGCUGUCAAAAAUUGAACGUCCAAUAGCGUGACUCUAUUGGACGACAUGACGUAAGAAUUACACUAGCGUUAUCCGGUGAACAAAACGGUAGGCCCCGUUGCGCAACCCUUGCGCAUAAUGCGCAACUUGCGCUACUUCUCAUAGUACAGACAACAGGAAUCAGACUAUAAUACUGUUAUAAAAGAUGUUAAUGAAUGUUACGUUAUCUUUAUGACAAAGGAUGGUCUGAUACCAUCGUUUAUACGUCUUCCCGCACUGAUUUAGUAUUUUUAACAUAUCUCAGCUUUCAGCUAUUUGGGCAAGAUUUAAAACAUGUUAAAACGCCUAAAACGAAAUUAGCUACAAUAAAAUGCAAUUGAAAGUGUUGCCGUAGUUGAAAUGCAAACGUCAUGCAAAGUUUAGUUAUAGCAAUCUUCAACUCACAGUUAGUAUCAUCACUCGAAAAUUUUGCAUGCAUUAAAAAAAAUGACUAUAAUUGCAAAAACUAUAAUCUCUUUAACUUAUAAGCAAACGAACAUCACAUGGUUGUAUUAAAAAAGCUUAUAUUAAUUAAUUUAAAUUAACUAUUUGAUCUUAAAAUGAAUUUAGUAUAAAUAUAAGUGCGGGUGUAUUUAAAAACGAAUAUGUUGAAACAAUGUGCCACAUUUGUCCCUAUUUAUUUAAACAAGGCAUUCCAGUUAUUUUAAAUAUGUCCGUUCGUUACCACAGCAAAUAAUUGUACAAUCUAUUAGUCAGAAACACAUUUGAAACGAUGCGCAACACAAUCCAGCAGAAAACAAAGCUUUAUGAUUGGUAAUUUUUAAAGAAGACGUACAGUGAUUGUCUAAGCCUUAACACAUGUCAUAGAAUAACCAAUCAUGCGCAUUUUGGGUUGCGCAGCGUUGUGACAAACUGUAACCGAAUUGUGUAAACGAAAAUCGAUUUUAUUUCUUCAGAAUUAGAGUUACUUUUCUAUUGAACCCUGCUCAUCAAUGAAUGACGAAUUAAAAGUAUCGUACAUUUUUGUAUAUUAAAUAAAUGGUUCAAUUAUAUUCCCACCUCAGGUAUUGAGCAUUGUUCUAAGGUAUUAGUAUAAGUAUUAUAGUUUAGCGCAGUUGUGUGGCCUAAAUUAAUAAGUAUUGAGUAUAUUUUGUACGAAUUGAUGGACGUAUGUAGUAGACACUUUUUGCUUAUAGUUAAUGUAAGAUAAAAUGCAUUUUUCUUAUCACACUGCCCGCAAAAAGCGCGUUGUAAAAACAUUAUUGUUUUUUUGGAGUACAUCACAUGAAAAUCAAAUGCAUCACGUUUUAAACGCAAAUGUAUUGUAUUAUUUUUUUAUUUUUACAUUAUUCUGCUAUAUUUUACAAGCGGUAUUUAACUCUUUAGUGAAAAUUAUUGUCUUGUAACUUAUUCUAUUGUUAAGGAAACGAGUAAAUAAAUCGACAUUAUGUAACAACUGAUAGUGUUAGUUUUAAGUUAAUAUUUUGAUUACGUUUAUAGUUUAUAUGUAUAUUUUUGUGAAGAAAGAAGACACCUAGUUAAAAAACGCAAGAUAUUUGUGCAAUUUUCAUUGCAAAUGUUCACAUACUUAGCACCAACUUAAGCCUAAAACUAUGGUGCGGCAAUAUGGCAGCUUCAAAUAAUAUUCGCUUACAUUAUUGUAUUACUUAUUUAAGCUACAUCUUUAUUAUGACUAGCUUGUAUUUCUUUAAGAAUCUCACAUUCCGUCCAUUUUGUUUUGUUGUUUAGCUGUAAAUUUUAUUGUGUCAAGAAUUAUUCAAUAUACAUUAUGUAAGAAUA